AUGGCCUUCUACAGUUAUAAUACAGUUUUAGCUAUUGCCCGAACAAGAUUCCCUAGCCAUUUUGUCCAUCCGACCCGCUCUUAUUUCCCAUCACUUGCAUUUCUUCACUUGCCAGAUUCCCAUUUAAAUAAAACAUAUAUGAAGAACUGUGGAAGCAAGAAGGACUCCUAUCUUAAUCAGUCAGGCAAUAAAGUACUUUACUUACGAACUAGAAUAAUACAAAAGCUACACACAUCAACUUGCUGGCUACAACAGGACCCUGGUAAACCUCAGCUGGAGCAAACCCCCAAAAAGCCACAGGAAACAAGCCCUCAGCCGAGAACAGAAACUUGUACGAAGACUAAGGAAGAAAAGCGAUCUUUUAGACAAAAAAUUAUGGAUGAACUUAAAUAUUAUUACAAUGGAUUCUAUUUGCUUUGGACUGACACCAAAGUUGCUGUCAGAAUGAUUUGGAGGCUGUUGCAUGGACAGGUGCUGACCAGACGAGAGAGACGAAGGCUAUUGAGGACUUGUGUUGAUAUCUUCCGCUUGGUUCCAUUUAUGGUGUUCAUAAUUGUACCCUUCAUGGAAUUCUUAUUACCAGUGUUUCUGAAACUCUUCCCAGAAAUGUUGCCAUCAACUUUUGAAAGUGAAUCCAAAAAGGAAGAAAAACAGAAAAAGAAAAUGGCUGCAAAGUUCGAACUAGCAAAAUUUCUUCAAGAAACAGUUACAGAAAUGGCAAGGAGGAACAGGGCCAAGCUGGGAGAUGCCUCCACACAGUUCUCAUCCUAUGUCAAACAGGUCCAGACAGGCCACAAGCCCAACACAAAGGAGAUAGUUCGCUUUUCCAAACUAUUUGAGGAUCAGCUAACCCUGGGGCACUUAGACCGACCUCAGCUGGUUGCCCUUUGCAAACUGCUGGAACUGCAGUCUUUUGGAACCAACAAUUUGCUUCGCUUUCAGCUCCUGAUGAAACUGAAGUCUAUAAAAGCAGAUGAUGAAAUGAUUGCCAAAGAGGGGGUGAGUGCCCUGAAUGUGUCGGAAUUACAAGCUGCCUGUAGGGCCCGAGGGAUGAGAUCACUGGGUCUCACUGAGGAACAACUGAGACAGCAGCUCACAGAGUGGCAGGACCUCCACCUGAAGGAGAACGUCCCCCCUUCUCUUUUGCUCCUGUCACGAACCUUCUACCUGAUAGACGUGAAGCCAAAGCCAGUUGAGAUCCCACUAAGCGGGGAGUCUCCAGAGAUGGAUAUUCCUAUGGAAUUACCUACUUUUCCUGAAUCUAAAGAAAACCUGGUGGACUUAGCACCUCGACUGAAGGGUACUAAGGAUGAAAAAUAUAUGCAACUGCCACCAGUUACAUCUUCACCCAUGACACCAUCCACAUCUAUUUCAUUACCGAAAGGACCUGUCACUUCUGCUAAAGAAGCUACGCUCCAGGCCAAAUCACAAAAAACCACCCAGAACAGCAAGGCUCGUUCCAAAGGAGCCUAAGGACGACUGGAGGAUGCAGCUCAGUCUCUCCAGCUUCCUGCCCUCAGCAGUGGCAUUCACGAAGGACCUCCCAGCUAUGGCUGUGUCUGGUUCGAGUGGAGGACUAGCCACUUAGUCCUUGGGACAGUCCUUUGAGACCUUGUAAACAUUCCAGAUGAUGUCAGCAGUGAGACCAAGUUCAGACCACUUAGAAAAAGAUGACUGCAAAGCCCAUUUCCCCUGUACCAUUAUGUCAUCCCACUAAACUUUGUGUAAAGCCCCCUUGCCCCAUGUCAUUUUUAGCAGCUUCAUAUUUGUGCCCAUGUCCUUGAAGGGGGGGAAUUAUUUUUGCAUAAGGGAACCAGCUUAGCGACUUAGAUGGCGCUGCCUCCUAUGGCUUGGUAACCUGAGUACGAACUUGAAAACUCCAAAAACCAUUGUAAGAGCACCUGACCGACUUUCUCAGAGUGAUCCAGCAGGAGGAAUAGUUCCUUAUGAGAUGGAACGGAGACUCCCCAGUAAGGUCUUUCUGGACAUAAAGACAACACUUCUUGGGGAAUAAAAUAGAGAGUUGGACUGGCGGUCAGAAAGGUUUGGCUGCUGCUUGGCUGUUCUGAAACUUCCCCCUCUGGGCCUGCAGGAAUCUGGGAAGCUGCCAC